AAAAAAAUCACUUAUUUUGGUAUAUUUGUGGAGGUUGAAGGUGUUCCUGCUCUGAUUCACCAGACCGAAGUAUCAUGGAAUGCCACCUUGGAUCCUUCGUCAUAUUUCAAAAUUGGUCAGGUUGUCGAGCAAAAUUUCACCAAUUAGAUUUCACACUGGACCGUAUAUUUUUAUCGUUAAAGGAGAUAACGCCAGAUCCACUUAUUGAGGCCUUGGAGACUGUGGUUGGUGAUCAUGAUAACUUAGAUGGAAGAUUACAAGCGGCAGAAGCAGACUCUGAGUGGCCAGAUGUAGAAUCACUUAUCAAAGAGUUGGAACAGAUUGAAGGGAUUCAGUCAGUAGGCCAAUGUGGUGAAUGUUAGAUAGAACAAUUCUCUUCAACAUAUUUUGCCUCUGGUUUGAGAAGUUUUACUAGUUUGUGGAUUAUGGGUCUUGAUAGACAUUUGUUUGUAUAGUGUCCCUAUUAAUACAUGUUAAUUUUAUUGAAAGUUGAGAAAUAAUAAUAUCCCUUGAAUAAUAGCUCAGUCAUCAUCAAUCAUAUUUUCAGAUGAU